GGUAGGCCCUCUCAUUCUAACUUUAUCUUAGUCUUUCUGUAUUCUUUCAUUUCUAGAAUAUGUACAAGGAAGAUUUCAGGAACAUGACUGAAGAGACUGGGAACAGCAGUGACUCCUCCUCAGCCUUCAUUCACACCAGCACCAUGAGUACCAUACUGAUUACCAUCUACUCAGUUGCCUUUGCUGGAGGUGGAAUUGGUUCCAUCACAAUGGCAUUUGUGCUGGUCAAGAUGAACACUCUGUCUGUGACCACUACUGCCAUCAUUAACCUGGUCGUUGUCCACAGCCUUCUCCUCGUCACCAUGCCCUUCCGCAUCCACUAUUACAUCAACAAGAAGUGGGUAUUCAACAUGCCAUUUUGCAAAAUGGUGAGUGCAAUGGUGCACAUCCACAUGUACCUGACCUUCCUGUUUUACGUGAUCACGCUGGUGAUCCGGUGGCUCAUCUUCUUUCAGUGGAAGGACAAAGUAGAGUUUUACAGGAAGCUGCAUGCAGUUGCGGCCAGCGCUGCCGUGUGGGUCUCUGUCAUCGUCUUUGUGGUGCCCGUUUUUCACUUCCGGUAUGGACGCUCAGGCUCAUACAAUGAUACAACGUGCUUCAAGUUCCACAAAGAACUACAACGGGAGAGCGUGAAAGCCUUAAAUUACAUCCUAGUUGUAGCUGUCGCCUGUAUUUCUUGUGUCCUCUUGGGCCUGCAGAUUUUUAUCCUCGUAAAAGUGGCAAGAAAACUUUCUACCUCUCUCUUGUCACACCAAGAGUUCUGGGCCCAGGUGAAAAACUUGAUUUUCAUCUGGGUCAUCAUAAUUUGCUUCCUUCCCUAUCACUGCUUUAGGGCCUACUAUAUACAGCACUUCAGGGAUUUUGGCCAAUUAGAAAGCUACAAUGAGGUUUUUUUGAGCCUGACUGCCCUGAGCUGUCUGGACCUGCUGUCAUUUGUGCUGAGUGGAAGCCGCUUUCUGAAGCAAAAGAUGGUGAUGCUCAGUAGUAGGUUGCAUUGCUGUCAGCCUGCAUAG